CGGAAAUGAAGUCCGCGGUCCUCUGUUGAGAUACAAGUAAGGCCAGGGCCGAAUUAGGAGGACGGGAGAUGGGACCGAUUAAUCUAAAAAGACUGCGGCAGCUGCAGGCGCGAAGCCAGGGUAGGGGUAGCGGGGGAACGAAGGAUGCGCAAGAACCAGGAAACGGGGCAGCCGGGCUUCCGGCGCACAGCAGUUUGAGACUACGGCGGCCGCGCAGCUCCGUCUAACCCCAGCCUUGCGCUCCGAGCUGCCGUCCACAGGCGCCCUCGCCCCGCCCAGUUUAGCUUCGAGCCAGCCGGCCAGGCCUGCGCAGUCGCGGCGGCCGGGGAAGAUGGUGGAGGACGGCGCGGAGGAGCUGGAGGACCUGGUGCACUUCUCCGUGUCCGAGUUGCCUAGUCGCGGCUACGGCGUCAUGGAGGAGAUCCGGCGGCAGGGCAAGCUGUGCGACGUGACGCUCAAGAUUGGGGACCACAAAUUCAGUGCUCACCGGAUCGUCUUAGCAGCCUCAAUCCCGUAUUUCCACGCUAUGUUUACAAAUGACAUGAUGGAGUGCAAGCAGGAUGAGAUUGUAAUGCAAGGAAUGGACCCAAGCGCCCUGGAAGCUCUGAUCAACUUUGCCUACAACGGUCACCUUGCCAUUGACCAGCAAAACGUCCAGUCGUUGCUGAUGGGGGCGAGUUUCCUGCAGUUGCAGAGCAUCAAAGACGCCUGCUGCACAUUCCUCCGAGAACGGCUUCACCCCAAAAACUGCCUGGGUGUACGCCAGUUUGCUGAGACCAUGAUGUGUGCCGUGCUAUACGACGCGGCCAACAGCUUCAUCCACCAGCACUUUGUGGAGGUGUCCAUGUCGGAAGAGUUCCUGGCCCUGCCCCUGGAAGACGUGCUUGAGCUGGUGUCUCGGGAUGAGCUGAACGUGAAAUCAGAGGAGCAGGUGUUUGAGGCCGUGUUGGCCUGGAUCAGAUACGACCGGGAGCAGAGGGGACCCUGCCUGCCUGAGCUGCUGUCCAAUAUCCGCCUGCCCCUCUGCCGGCCCCAGUUCCUGUCAGACCGAGUGCAGCAGGAUGACCUGGUGCGUUGCUGCCACAAAUGCAGGGACCUGGUGGAUGAAGCAAAGGACUAUCACCUCAUGCCAGAGCGCCGGCCCCACCUGCCAGCUUUCAGAACUCGGCCUCGCUGCUGCACAUCUAUCGCUGGGCUCAUCUAUGCCGUGGGGGGCCUCAACUCAGCAGCAAAUUUUUAUGCAGGUGAUUCCCUGAAUGUGGUGGAAGUGUUCGACCCCAUCGCCAAUCGCUGGGAGAAGUGUCAUCCCAUGACCACAGCCCGCAGCCGUGUCGGUGUGGCCGUGGUGAACGGACUCCUCUAUGCCAUCGGGGGGUAUGACGGCCAGCUGCGGCUGAGCACUGUGGAGGUCUACAACCCAGAGACGGACACGUGGACCCGAGUGGGGAGCAUGAAUAGCAAGAGAAGUGCCAUGGGGACGGUCGUGCUGGACGGGCAGAUCUACGUCUGUGGUGGCUAUGAUGGCAACUCUUCUCUCAACUCUGUGGAGACCUACUCACCUGAGACGGACAAGUGGACUGUGGUGACCCCGAUGAGCUCCAAUCGCAGUGCUGCAGGGGUUACAGUCUUUGAGGGCAGGAUAUACGUGUCGGGCGGCCAUGACGGUUUGCAGAUCUUCAAUAGUGUGGAGCACUACAACCACCACACAGCCACCUGGCACCCGGCGGCCAGCAUGCUCAACAAGCGCUGCCGGCACGGAGCUGCAUCCCUGGGAAGCAAGAUGUUUGUGUGCGGGGGCUACGACGGCUCGGGCUUCCUCAGCAGCGCCGAGGUGUACAGCUCUGUGGCGGACCAGUGGUGCCUGAUAGUCCCCAUGCACACACGCCGGAGCCGGGUCUCCCUGGUGGCCAGCUGUGGGCGGCUCUACGCCGUGGGGGGCUACGACGGACAGUCGAACCUGAGCUCGGUGGAGAUGUACGACCCAGACACGGACCGCUGGACGUUUAUGGCCCCCAUGGCAUGUCACGAGGGAGGGGUCGGUGUGGGCUGCAUCCCUCUCCUCACCAUCUAAGGCGAAGGGUGGGAUGUGGUGGAGUAGGGAUCUGGUACAAACACAGGCACUUCCUUCCAGGGUUAGUCCCCCUCGGAAGAGGUGGUGGACCAGAAGACAGGGUGAAAUGUGAGCUCGCCAGAGGUACAGUUUUCCAGGUGCUUAAGUCCUCCCUCCCUGUGCAGCCCUUGUGACCUUCAGGCCUAGGUCAUCAAGAUGCACAGCGUGGGACAGAAGCCCCUCUGGGUCCCGCAGCUGGUGACACAGGACUGCUUUGCUGGUCCACAUGUCCACAGGCUCCAUCCAAGCCCAGCUCCCACCUGCCACAGCUCUGUGGGUCGCCCAUCUGCAGAGUGUCUUCCAUCUGACACUCCUUGCCUACUGCUUGCCAGGUGUGUUGUGGCCAGUUUGCGAUGGGGUGGCUUCAGUGGCCAAGCGUGUUGGAAACUGUGGGGUGUGGGUGGGAGAGGAGGGACACAGGCCGGGUUGUCCUCACUGCGAGGCUGCAGCCAUGGCAGUGCUGGUUGCACACACGCACCUCCUCCUUCCAUCCGAGCGCACCGAGAAUUUUGUCUGCAUUGCUGAGUAAGCACGAAGAACAGAAGCUUUUCCUGUGUCUAAUUUUGGGAUUUCAGCGAGGUCUUUUUCAUCUUGUUCAGGAGAAACAGAGGGAGAGGAUAAAAGAUACUUGAAAGAAACUGAAGGAAAGUUAAAGAAACACUUGAAAGAAACUGAAAAGAAAAAUAAUUUUUUAAAGUGAACAUUUUUUUGCAAGAAGAAAACAUAAAAGACACUAGAGGCAAAUAUAUGUUUAAAUGGAAAACCACCCAACGUGAAAAGGGUGGUAUCCGCUCCCACAUUCGGAUCCCAGGGUCCUAAGGCCUCGCAUGGCACUCGGGGUUCCCUCUGAGCCCCUGUGUGUCCGGAAUCAGUGCGCACUCGACCAGUCCUGUAGCAAGGUGCUCGUGGGGUUUGUCUUCACACCCACUAUCAGAGGACUUUUUUAAUCGUAGGCUUAGCGAGUUGGCUAAGUUAUUGCCACUCUUCUAGGUGGAAGCUCCCAGCUUGUCGCUGGAGGCUCCAGAUGCCCCUGUGGUUAUCUCCCACUGCCACCAUGGCACUCAUGCAGAUUCCCACCCCACUUUCAUUCCUUCCUUAUUUGACCAGCAGGAAACAGCAGGUCUGGCCAGAUUCUCAUUUGCCCAUCUAUCAUUCUUGGAUAGUUUUCUUCAUCGUGAUGCUUCUGAGGUACAUUGACCAUUUGUACCUCUAGAACCUAACCAGAGACUUGGUCCUUCCACCAGCCACGGCUGGCUUGAUCCAGUAACCAUAUCUACCCUGCCAGUCCGCUGCUCCUCCAUCCACUCGCCAAUUCCAGGGGUCUGGUCUCCCCUCCAGCCCUUGGCAGACUGACCAGCAAGGUGGACCUUUAUAUUCUAGCAAAGCUGGCUUUAUGACGUAAAGAACUAAAAGCUGAAAGAAUCUCUUGCUGCUGCAAAGAACAGAUUUUAUAUUUCUUCCUAUGAUCUUAGCUAAUGACCUCUUGAAGAGACUCCAUGCUCCUCCUUCCUCCUCCCUGGAUGGGACCUUGAUGCUGCACAGUGGGACCCCAACAGGAGGACUCUUCUCUUACCAGUGCACUGGGCAGUGGAGCUGUCCUUCAACUGCUGCUGCCAAAAUUUGGUUUUCCAAAAUUCUUCCAGUAGAGACUAAAAGAGGAUACAUUUCCAAUGCAAGAUUGGGUCUCAGGGUCCCAAUCUCUACUUGGUUGGUCUGCCCAUCGCUGCCUGCCUGGGUGUCCUGGAAGCCUGUUCAGAAAGGCACCAUGUGACACCUGAGAAGUCUCUCCUACCCUGGGACUGUGAGGUUUACCAGUGUGUGCAAUCGCCAUGUUUCCAGAGGGAAGUACCUUUGUUACCUGCCACUUAGGAGCUGGGCCUCUGCUAAAAGCACUUGAAAAUGAUGUUUUUAUUUUAAAAGACUUAACAAUCUGAUAUAGUAGAGCCUGGGCUUGUGGUAGAGCUCUGGCAUUUCUCGCUCCCUGUCGGUUUGCCUGUUAGAGGUAGACUUGGAAGGAGGGUGGGGUCUGUUAUUCCUGUUAGAGAGGAGUUAUCAGUGCUUGUCUUCUUAUUAUAAGCCCCUUUCUUUUGUGAAUUUGCAACAGCACUGACAAACCUGGGUUGUGAAUGUGUUAAGAAUCAACCAGUGGACCUCACCAGGUCCUUAGGAUGCUGACCCAGAUUUUGCCAUUGGGGUUGAGAGAUCAUUUUCCCAUGAUCUGCUGCUCUUGUGAUAGCCUUCCUACAUCUACUCCCACCUCCUGGUGUAGAAGUUACACUGCUCCACCUGGGGUCAGUGUUUCCAAGUAAGGUGAAGCCAGUGCCUUGAUCUGGGCUCUGAGCACAAGUGAGCAAACACUAACAUUUUCACACUCUCCACAGUUGGUUCCUCAGUCUGACGGCGAUGACUGUUUACAGGUGGCUGGUCUGACCCUUUGAUGUUGGAGCCUUUCCAGUAAAACCAUGAAAAGAAGAGAUGCCACCCAUAGGUAUUGUGAAAAGGGUAUAGGGCAGAUACUGUGGACAGUGAACCUUGGGGUCCGGCCCAGCUCUGAGCAGAGGACUGUGGCAUUCGCUGUCCUAGGGUAUUUCCCCUUAGAUAACACAAGGAACCUUCUCUUCUGGGUUUCAUCCGAGAGCAAAGCCAGGAUGGGAGCUGAAGUCCAGCCUUUUGACUUGGCCACAGAGAUGUGAGUAGGUAGGAAUUCCGAUUCCCCCUCCCCCCAAUUUAUUGUUUCCCAGAAAAAUCUUAAUUCCUUUUAUUUAUAGAACGCAUGUCUUUUGUGUUAAGAAACCAAAGAGAAAUAAAGAGUACACUCCUAAUAUCUUCUUGCCCUUUCCUGAUUUUAUUUUUUUUUAAUUAGAGGUAAAUCAUAUUUUUAUCGUAAUUCAGUGAAAAAAUAUUGGACAAAGUGAAAAUAUUUCUGUGAAAAUAAGGAAAAAGCCCAACAGCAUGGCAAAAGUAGUCUUUGGAGAGAUGUGUAUAUUUUAUAAAGAUGGGUUCUGAUGAAA